CUGUGGUUGAAUAACAGCAGCACUUCUCUGUCAGCCAGGGCUCAACAGAGCGACUGCAGCGAUGGCAGAGGAGGUCAGCUACGCUUCGGUCGUAUUCAAAUCCCAAAAACAAGCUCCACGUGAAGGUAAACAGGAGGAGGAAACUGUGUACGAUGAAGUGAAGGGGAAAAUCAAAACAACUGAACAAACUGCUGACACAAAUGACAAGAAAGCAAACGACAGAUAUCGCCACUAUCAACAGCUGGCUUGUUGUUUGGGGAUUUUUUGUGUCAUUUUGCUCUUUGGCAUCGUAGCAGUCGGUGUCUACCUUGCUACAUUAAGUCAUGAGAGUGAUAUAACGGGGCUGAACCACUUAAAAGAAAACAUAACGACUCUGCUGGCUGACAUUCACAACCUGAAAAACCUCAACAACAAUCUGACGGUCCAGUUGGGCAACCUGACACAAAACUAUACUAUCUUAGAAAGCAAGAUCACAAACCUGACAACACAGAACCAGGAGCUGAAGAAUCGGACCCAGGAGCUGGAGAUGAAGAGGAACAACUUAACAGAACAAAUACAAAACAUGGAGAUGAACUGGAAUAAGCUCAACAUCAGUAGAGCUCAGUGGAGCAUCAAUGCCUACUGCCCCAAAAACAAUAAUGUGAGACGGUGUAAACCUUGUCAGAAAGGCUGGGAAUUCACCGAGCCCAGCUGCUAUGGGAUUAAUAACGCUAAUGGUGAUGAGCAGAAAACUUGGGAAGAAGCUCGAGAAGACUGCAGAGGAAAGAUUUCAGAUUUGGCUGUUGUACAUACUGAACAGGAGAAGGGUGUGAUCAAUGGUUACAGCUGGGGAAGAUGGAAUGCAUACUGGAUCGGCCUGAGAGUUGAAGAUGGGAAAUGGAAGUGGAUCGAUGGAACUGAGCUGAAUCAAAGCUCCUGGAUAGAAGCUCCUACUGAAGGUCACUGCGCCUUUUCUGUCCAUAGCCAAGGAUGGAAAUCAGCGAUGUGUAAUGAGAAAAAACAAUGGAUCUGCGAAAAGGAAGCUUUAUCUGUUUGAACUAAUAAUAUUUUAUGCUUGAGAAGGUAACUGGAUACUCUUACAUGCAAUAUCAAGUGGCUCAUAAAUAUCAAACCAUGUAGAAUUCUACUUCACAGUUGUGUUUUUAAAAGAUAAACAAAUCUAGGGAUUUUAGUUUUACAGAAACAAAAUAAUAUAUAAAGUUAACUAUUCUUUAAAGCAGACGCUCAUCUUUAAGGUGUAUAAUUGGAUAAUAAAGGUACUUUGUGUCUGACUAUGGACAUCAUGACCGGCCUAACGGGGCACUAAAGUGUUAAUUAUUAAUAACUUUCAAUGUGUUUUUCUUCUGAUUUGUUACAAAUGCAACGCUUAUAAUUUGUGUAUCAGCAGAUUGAUGAAAGGCACCAUCAUCACUGCUCAGUUUCCUGUUUUCUGCAGCAUGUGGCAUUUUAUAUUGUUGCUACUUA